AUGACGAAGCAUUUCAUGACCAUAUUCGAAAUAAUGAUGUCUUGUAUCACAGGAUGUUUAGUAGUUUGUUUUAGUUUUAAUUUGUUUCAAAUAGCAUCAUCUGAAAACAAUAAAAACAAUGUCAGUGAAUUUUUAUUACCAUUUUUAUUUGCGUCUACAAGCAUCUUAUAUAUGUUUAUAGCCCACUAUGUUGGACAGAAUAUAAUCGACCAUAAUAAUCACGUAUUUGUUACUGCGUACAACGUUCAGUGGUAUAAAACCCCAUUACAUAUACAAAGAAUGAUACUAUUUCUGCUGCAAAGAAGAACCAAGAAAUUUUCAUUAAAUCUCGGUGGGAUAUUUGAUGCAUCCAUAGAGGGUUUUGCCACGCUAAUAAAGGCCUCCGUAUCUUAUUUUACAGUCAUGCAUUCUACACGAUAA